AUGAAGGAGCUAAUAUCUAGAGAUACAGUCACCUGUUUUGUUUCUUUUGUCAUCAGUUUCGUUUGUUCUUUAUUUUAUAACAAUCCAGAUUUGAUUCUAGGAAAGGAUUUCGUGAAAAUGGUAAAGCAAAGUGUCAGUUAUAUUCACACUAGCACAACCUUGUUUAGGUGUGGAGUUCAUCCUAUUUCUGAAAAAGGUCCACCUUUUUAUCUUGUAAAUCAAACAAGAUAUCCUGGCGAGGAUGCUAUAUUUUCAUGUGGAAUGGCAUUUAAUGGCACCAUUUCUGAUGUAAGUUACAUACUUUGGCUCAAGAACAAUGAAGCGGUAGUAAAUGAAACUAACCAUUAUAUUACUUGGGAAGUUGCAAAUUAUUCUGACGGCCAAGUCGUUGUUACCACUAAUCUGAGCAUUUACUCUGUGACCGCGGAUGAUUUCGGCAUGUAUCAGUGUUACGUGACAGUAUUGGAAUCAGUGACACCAACAAACGACACAAAACAGAAACCAACACCUAAACCUAACCGACGGUCUGAAAAUGUAGACUGUAGUUGCAAAUGUGUAAAUUCUCCUUCACUUCGGAUGCCAGAAUUUAGCAAGGAAGAUAUCGCACUUGUGUAUUAUAAGCUACACAAACACCACUGGGUUGGUGAGUACCAUCUACUGCAAGAGAAACACCGUACCAGAACACUGUUUAUAGUUCCUGGAACUUUGGUUUCUGUUGCUGUGUAUUUUCGACACCUCAGAGAAAUAGAUGAUUUUUCUGUUCGUUUUACUCGAAGUGGUCAAGAUAUUCAGUCAUUUGAUACUCAAUGUUCAUACUCUGCUCGAGCCAAUGCAUGGUUAAUACACUUAAAUGGUAUAUCAGUAGCUUACAAUAACAUAACGUACAUGAACGCAACAGCAGGUCAUUGGAAGGGAAGUGUGGGAAUCAUAUGGACUUGUAUAUCUCCAUCUAUGUACGGUGUGUACGAAAUUACAAUACUGAGAAAAGUUUAUAACAAACACGAUAAUAUUCAAUGGAUUGAAAAAAUAAACUAUCCUACCAAGGUGUACAUCAAACCUAAAGAAUCCACAAUCGUCACUGAAAAUAUUUCCAACAAUAAAAAUCGAGCAGUGGUUGUUUAUAACGAGAACUGCUGGUCCAAUGAAAAACUGAAACCUGAAAGCUGUGAGCACAUCAAUACUUUGGUGGAAUCAAUCUUUGAUAAGAACAUCCUAUAUGAAAAUUUGAUUACUAGGAACAUUGUUAUCCUUUUAUUUGGGGCCAUCUUAAUCAGCGGGAUUAUCGUUUUUUUUAUUUCGCCUUUCAUGUGGUGUAAAAUAUCUCAAUGUUAUUUUGUCAUGAAAAUGUCUGGUAAGAAGGGGCUGGCUGGAAUCCAGGUUAACCCAGACCUUCAAUAUCACCUAUAUAUUUCAAGUUCAAGUGCCCCUAGUGAUAGAUCAUUUAUUGAGCAAAAUAUACUUCCAAUAAUCAAACCUUUAGAUUUAAACGUUUUUUGUGGACAAGAAGAUGUUCUUCCAGGAAGUUUUGAAAUUACCGAGAUUUCAAAUGCUAUUAACAAAAGCCUGAAGUGUUUGGUGAUAGCCACAAAGAAAUAUAUAGAAACUCCACUUCAAAAUUAUUUUGAAAUGAACUGUAUUUUAGGUUCAUUUUCUAUUUGUGAUUUGGUAAUCGUUAACGUAGAUAAUUGCCUAAUUAACAAAAGAUUCGAUACAAUGUACACAGUAAUCAAUUGUUCAAGGGAGGGUCUGAGUGAAAAAGAUAAAACUGUACUGAUGCAUUGGGCAGUAAAAGGCAGACAAAUAAUCCCCAAUGUGACUCAGAAAUCUUUGUUAUCAAAAAUCAAAAGCUGUAUUAAAUUAUUUUAUAGAUGA